GGGACUGAAGCUUUUCUUGCCAACAUCACAGUGGCUGGAGAUUGAAGUUCAACUGUUAUCUACUUUGAUUUCUUGGAUUUCUCUGAAUCAGAGCGACAUAAAAGGUCAAUAUGGCUGUGCUAGAAAAAUCAAGUUGUACCAAACCAAGUGAGGACUUCAGUAAUUUUCCUGAGAUUAUUGAGCUCAAUGUAGGUGGUCAGGUGUACAUAACUCGCUAUCCUACUUUGGUCAGCAUUCCUGGGUCCCUGCUCUGGGAAAUGUUCAGUGAAAAGAAUCCAUGUUCCCUGAUCCAGGACAACAAAGGGAGAUUCUUCAUAGAUCGAGAUGGUUUUCUCUUUCGCUAUGUGCUAGACUACAUGAGAGACCUGCAAGUAGUGCUUCCUGACCACUUUCCAGAGUGUGGUCGACUCCAGAGAGAAGCAGAAUACUUUAAGUUGCCAGAACUGGUCAAGAUGUUGUCUCUUAAAAAGAACAUACUCAACUCAAUUGGCAAUGACCUAUGCCAAACUGAGCUAGAAGAGCUAUCCCCUAGCAUGGAUACUAUGUUUAAUCUAUCUUCAAGUAAUACCAUCCAAAUUAGUGGCCCUGAUAACACCCUAGCUCUGACAACAGGCACUGGUUCUGAUCUCAAGAAGGCAGGCUUCAUCACUAUUGGCUAUCGAGGCUCUUAUACUCUGGGUCGGGACAGCCAAACAGAUGCCAAAUUCCGCCGUGUGGCCCGAAUCAUGGUGUGUGGUAAGAUCUCAUUGGCAAAAGAAGUGUUUGGAGAUACUCUGAAUGAGAGCAGAGACCCGGACCGUCCUCCUGAGCGAUACACUUCUCGUUACUACCUCAAAUUCACUUUCCUGGAACAAGCCUUUGACAAACUAGCUGAUGCUGGUUUCCACAUGGUAGCUUGUAACUCCACUGGCACCUGCACUGUAACACAUGACCAAACAGAUGACAAGAUCUGGACCUCUUACACUGAAUAUGUUUUCUAUCGUGAGUGACAGAAAAUCACCCAGAAAAAUACAAAGCAAAAAGCCACUAUUCCUCCUUUUUCUGUUCCCAUUCCAAUUAUUUCCUUUAGAAAUAGACACAUUAAUCUCUCUUGAACCUUCAAUCUUCUGUCUAACAAUGCCACU